ACAUAAACCAAAGGAAAAGAAAGUCGCGACUUGCUGGGUGAGAAGGCUUCCCAUUUCCCUUUAUUUAUUUUCGUAACAUUUCUGUGGCUGUUGUUAAGCCAUUUGAAGUGCAGACAGGCACCCAUCAAGGAAUGAUGGCAUCCUUCACCUUCCACCUCGUGACCUUAAUCACGGUGAUCAUCGCCGUUGUAGAUGCGGCCCCCGACCUGAGCGUCUGCGAUCCUUCGGACCAGCCCUACCCUUACGACGGCCCCCCGCUGCCCACCCUCCCCUCGCAGUAUCGGCUCAAGGUGGAAGCAACCAUCACGAACCGGCACUACUCCUUCAUCCUCGAGGAGUUCUACGAUGAAAUCAACAAUCGCGGCGCGUCCGUCUCGAAGUCCAGGGGACAGACACAUUACACCACCUACGACUAUGCUCGCAACCAGACUCUUCAAGUCACAACAGAUGACGCCACAGGUACUUCCAGCUGCAGGGUCAGCGGCUUUUCUCGCUUCAGCUUGUUUGGCUUCCACGUUGAGAACGGGAGUGGCCAUAUCAACGGCACCAACGCUGUCUUCAGGUUUGGCGAGGAAUACAACGAAACCUACAUGGGCAUGACGACGGUGCGGGGUAUUCCUGCUAACCACUGGCAGCGUUGCGUCUAUGCCCCCGGGGCCAAUAUUACGUUCCGACUUGAUUUCUACUUCUCCAAUGCCAGUUUUCAUCUUCAAUCGGGGGCUAAUGCCAUUCCUCUAAGAGCAACAAUUAAUGGAUCAGCUGUAAACAGAACAACGCAGCAAAUGUACAAUUUCUAUCACAAUUAUGAAUAUCUAGAAGUUGAGCCAGGUCCUAUAACCUUGGAAAGAGCCUUUGAGCCACCACUAGGUGUACUUUGUGAAGGGUAUAAUAGGACAAAGAAGUUCCCGGAUUUCCCUUCCGUGUUUGGGGUGAGCUUGGAAUCCAUGACACCAGGUUAUAAUUGGAUACAUUUUUCAAGGGAGUUCUACAGCUUCCCUGCUAAUAUGUUUGCCUUGGUCCAUGAACCUAUUGGGAACUCGUCACAGAAUGCCACGGCGAUCCGAGAAGUCCAUGAUUUCAAUGCAGGUCUCUCUUAUAGGUUUGAGUACGGGACUGAUAAAUGUACCAUUGGACCGAUACCAGUUGAUACCUUCAUGCAUGAUGCUGAUUCACCGGACGGUAAACGCGUCGUUCUGAAGUCACCCACGAGCUUCCUCCUGCCGAACCAGUCAUCUUGGAUUUACCAGGGAAAUACGACGUUACGUGGUAUUGACGUGGAGGGGUGGAUCACAGCCACCAAUAUUACUAUCGGCCCUCUCGUCUGGAACGCUACCAUGGAAUACUUCUUUGCUAGGGGUAACUGGACCGGUGGCACGGAUCAAACUGGAUUGGUUCAUCAGAUGCCUUUACAAUUUAAAUCUUCUUUAACUGCCGAUGUUGGGGGCUUUCCAGUCAACGUCGUUCACAUACAAAACAUGUUUCAUUACACCUAUCAUAUCUCAUCUUAUGUCUUUGAUGUUCACCUGUGCUACAAUGAAGAGGACAGCCGCUCCAUGGCUGUAGAGAUCUUGGGAAUGGAUAUUCGUAAAAACUACAUCGUGAACAACACCCAAAAUUUCUAUGCUGCAGUUCAGCACGCCAUGGCUAAUGCCUCUGGUCUUCCGGCGAGCCGUAUUGGCAAUGUUUAUGCUGCUGAGGGUGUUGAAGAGAUUCUGAUUGUCUACUUUGACAUGCUUGGCCUCCCACCUGUUGAAGGGAACGCGGUUAACCCUAAGCACGGUCCCGAGCUGGCGGAGGCUCUCGUUACCCUCGAAGAACGAGUGCUUGGAAAAGAUCCAAUCCGUAUCAAUUUCACCAGGGAUGGCAAGGAUGUGACCCUGAUUGUUGGGAGAGGAUCGCUUCGGUUUGACUUUCACCCGCCAUCGGAUGACAAUGAAGGUGUAGGAAGAGGAGCUGCAGCUGGUAUUGGGAUCGGAAUGUUCCUCCUGGGAGCUAUCAUCGCUACAUUGAUUGCAGUUGCGUAUGUCAAACGUAGCUCGUUCCCACCUCCACCAUAUGGUGUACAGGGGUAAUAAAAAUAAUAAUAAUGAUUGGCAUUUAUAUAGGGUUUUAUCAAUCUACGACUGCUCAAAGCGCUUCACAGUUAUUAUUAACCGGUCACUGGAUUCAUAGCAUUUCAAGCAGCCUGUUAGGCGCACACUUGCUAAACCAACCACAAUGACGGUCGUUUCCUACCGGUACCCAAUUAGCACCUGGGUGAGAGGUGAAAAUGUUCUAUAAUUUUAUGAUGGAUGGGGGAUCGCUGUCUUUUUAUUGGGGGGGGGGGGGGGGGGGGUCGACAUUCUUGGUGGUCUGCAAAGCAAAUUUGGUGGCCCUAAAACUAUAGAAAACACUACAAUUUAUCAAAACUUCGGGAGCCCGACCGGACCACCAAGUGUGGGCUUUUACAGAAUUUUGGUGGCCCUACUCUCAUGUUUGGUUGCCCUGGGCCACACCUAAUAUCGAGCCCUGCGGUUUGUAUACACUUGGUUUACAAGCAGUGCCAGCCACACAAAAACGAUGUAAGCACUAAUAACAGAGGACCUUUUACAACCGAUAAUGUCACAUCGUUGUCUGAUGUAAGUUCCAUCUUGGAUCGGUGUUUGACACCCAGGGGGGGGGGGGGGGCACUCAGUAUAUAAUGCUUAGUGGGUAUGUGCCGCGGAGGGGACCCCCAUUUUUAUACUCAAAUUUCCGUUCCAAGGCAUAUCAUUUUUUGUCUUAUUGAGAAAAAGAACAAAGAAAGCCGCUCCAAAGUAUAGCAUUUUCUUCUUAUCGAGAAAAAGAAGAAAUAAAUCCGCUCCAAGGCUUCGCAUAUUUUCCGUUACGCCGUUCCGGUCGCAUUGUUCUGCUACAAUGAGCCGCAAUUUUGGUGAAAAGCGGCCGCAGAGCGCUGUCCGACCAUCGCCUCUGCGCUAGCGCACCCAGCGCCCGUGCCGCUGGGCUAGCUGCAUGCACGUUCCAUAGGGAUGCAUACGCACUCACACGCAGGGACCCGUUCCAAGGACCCCCGUUUUCACAAACAUUUGUAGUUCCGAGGACCCUCCUUUUUACAAUAAGCCCGCUCCAAGGCCCCCGUUUUUUGUCUCGCCCGCGGCACAUACCCACUACUUUUUUGGUUGAGUGCCCCCCCCCCCGGGUUUGACAUCACAAUCCGAAAGAUGUGCCCGGGCCUAUUGUUCGUGCUCUGUUAAUGCUAACAUUUCUAUGGGGUUGGUAUGGUCGUCUAACACUGUCAUGGCUAAUCUCACUUGGUCUAACUAUCAAUUUGCUCUUAUUACUGUUUGGUCUACUAUAAAUUUGGUCUAAUUACUGUGUGGUCCACCCAUCACAUGUCCAGUACUCGCUUGGUCUUAUUGGAAAUAUGACAAAAUCGUAAAUGGGCUGAAUGGCAAUUUGAUCAAAUGAUUUAGAUGGACAUGGGUUUAGAUCAAACAUCAGUAUGCAUGCCAGUUGUAGACAAUGUGGUGAUUAUAUAAUAUUGACUGGUCUUGAGGGGAACAUCAAAUAUAUUGCCAGCAAAAGAAUCAUAUUGGCCCGAGUCUUUAGACGAGGGCAAUAUGGGUCUUUUAAGGGCAAUAUAUUUGAUGUUCCCCGAAAGAAGGGCAGUCAAUAUUUUAUUAUCAUCCAAAUCAGAUAUCUAGAGCAAAAAUCAUGAUAACAGUGAUAUCUUUUAAGAAUAGAGUUCUGUUGUGUCAUGAUAAUAUCAGUGUCUAGGCUCUGCACUUUACCAUUAUGACGUACUUGCAAGCGCCCAGAUCCAGCGUUGUCUUUAUUAUGACGUAGAUCGUUGGUGCGCGGAACAUUAUGAAGCGUAUCACUUCAUUCGCAUCCUCAAAGGCCCGGAUGGGAGACCAGGGAAAAUACAAAGGUAUAUUUUGCGUCGUCUCUGCAUGCAAAGUCAAUACGCGCAUUGAGACCGAGGAAAAUACAAACAAUAUACCUAUCGCUUCCUGAUAAUAAUAAAAUACAGGGAAAUACGGUUUUGUAAAUGACCAGCUCAGAUGUCUGAUACGGGUGAUAAUCUACCAUAUUUCACAGUACACCUUUCAUGGUGUACAAUGGAAUAUAAUAUGAAUCGAAUAUGGUGAGCCAUUUGGGAUUGCCGAUCAUGUAUAUAAAAUGCAGGAGCUAAAUUGAAAUACAGGUAAAGACACCUUUUUGAGUAAAUGUAGUGCAAAGUUUAUUUUUUCAUAUUUCUCCAGAUUAUUAUAAAUAUAGACUCAUUUUUAAAAACAGCAUGGAUAUAUGAAAGGGAAAGUUCACCUUGACAUUAGGCUGGUUUUCAUUACAGC